AUGGCCUCCACUGAAUAUUGUCCUGUCUAUGCUCCCGUUUUUGGAGCUUUAGGUUGUGCCUCAGCUAUUGUAUUUGCAUGUUUCGGAGCGGCAUAUGGAACAGCAAAAGCUGGUGUGGGUUUAUCUGCAAUGGGAGUUUUACGUCCUGAUUUAGUAAUGAAAGCUAUUGUACCUAUUGUUAUGGCUGGUAUUAUCGGUAUUUAUGGGUUGGUUGUAUCGGUCUUGAUUUCUGAUGGACUUAAACAAAAGAUGCCUUUAUAUACUGGAUUUAUUCAACUUGGUGCUGGCUUAAGCGUUGGGCUUGCUGGACUUGCUGCUGGGUUUGCCAUUGGUGUAGUCGGUGAUGCCGGUGUACGAGCUAUUGCACAACAACCACGAUUAUUUGUUGGAAUGAUUUUAAUUCUUAUUUUCGCAGAAGUUUUGGGUCUUUACGGAUUAAUUGUUGGAUUAAUCUUGAAUACUAAAGCCAGUGGGGAUGUUGUAUGCUAA